CCAAGAGCAUAGUCACCAAUAAAAUCAGGAAAAGAAUGGGCGAUAAUCAGAGCGAAUUCCUCCGCUUUAUGGGCCACCGGUCCUUUGCGAGACGACUCACACUCUCAACGCUUACCGGCCGACCUAUUCACAUCUCCAAGAUCCGCAGCACAUCACCUACCAACCCGGGUCUCGCUCCCCAUGAUGUUUCGUUCCUCCGAUUACUCGAAGCAGUUACAAACGGUAGCUCAAUGCAGAUUUCAUACACUGGUACGACAAUCACAUACCAUCCUGGCUUGAUCACCGGAACAAUUCCCGGUCAAGGAGCUGCAGAGGGUGACAUUAUCGAACACCAACUGCCUACCAACAUCACCAGAGGCAUUACAUAUUUUCUCAUGCCGCUUUGCCUGUUGGCACCUUUUGCAAAGGCGCAUAUGAACAUUCGAUUCUCAGGCCCCGGCGUAAUCACAUCAGCGACAGAGACAGGCGACGUAUCCAUCGACACAUUCAGAACGGCAAUUCUUCCGCUAUUCGGCCUAUUCGGCAUCCCACCCGCCCGAAUUGAGUUGAGAGUGCUACAGCGUUCGUGCGCGGGACCCGGAGGCAAGGGUGGCGGCGGUAUUGUCGAGAUGCGAUUUGCCAGUCAAGUCCGUCUUCCCAAAACACUGCACCUUAACCGCAGCCCCGGCCGCAUCAAGCGCAUCCGAGGUGUGGCAUACAGCACUGGUGUCUCUGCGUCCAACAAUGGCCGCAUGAUUCACUCUGCUCGUGAAGUACUCAACGCCUUUUCCACCGAUAUUCACAUUGCUGCGCAAUACGACCAAGCACCUUUGGUCUCGACUGGCGAUAAAGCUGGCAGCAAGCGCCGCCUAGGUAUUGGUUACGGCCUGAGCUUGGUUGCAGAAUCAAACGCAACCGGCGUCAUAUACUCAGCAGAUGUUGUAGUCCCCCCGGGUGGUGGUGAGGUGCCUGAAGAAAUUGGCAAGCGAUGCGCAUACCAAUUGCUUGAGACGAUAUCAAAAGGUGGAUGCGUCACGCAAUCAUCUGCUAGCAGCAUUCUUAUUUUGAUGGCCAUGGGUUCAGAGGAUGUAGGCCGUGUUAGAAUAGGUCGAGACGUCCUCGGCACGGAAGACAUGGUCGACUUGGCCAGAGACCUACGAACGUUUGGAGCUAGCAGCUGGGGUUUGAGAGAUGUUGAAUCUGAUGACUCUGGAGACAUUAUUAUUUCUGUCAAGGGAACAGGCGUUGGUAAUGUCGGAAGAAAAAUUGCAUAAAUGAUUGAUGUACGUGUAUAUAGAUAUAGUCCUUUAAGCGAAUCCAAUUUAUGCAUAAU